CAAUUCCUUGAAGCCUACGGCUUUUGUACGUGCCAAAAACUCGUACGAGUGACCAAUGAAUUGCGUUCAACGCUCUUUGGCUAAUAUUCAAAUUGGGUCUCUCUCUCUCUCUUCUUCCUCGCUCUUCUUGAAGCUCUUCGUAUCGGUCAACUGGAUCUGCAGAUGGCGGACGAGAUCAAUUUGGCUCUGGAAAACCUCUUCUUGUGAUGAACGUGCAUGCCUAUUUAGUUUUUCUUCAUUAAAGAUUGAGUUGAAAACAGCACCAGCUGAUUUUCGUUUCCCUACUGCAAAUCAAACCCGACACUGUUUCACUCGCUACAUUGAAUUUCACAGGUGUUUGCAAGCAAAAGGUGAGGAGUCUGGUGAAUGUGAUAAGUUUGCUAGAUAUUACCGUUCCCUCUGCCCAGGUGAAUGGAUUGAGAGAUGGAAUGAGCAGAGGGAGAACAGAACUUUCCCAGGUCCUCUUUGAUCUCACAGCAGAUUUAGCUUUUUAACUGCUGGCAGUUGGUCUUCUGCAUGGAACUUUAAUGCUUCUAUGUUUUAUUUGAUCUAAUGGUUGCUAAACCAAAAAACAAUAACUUAAUAAGACAGACAACAAAAGUACAUUGAGUCUGGAUUUUAUUGCUUCACUCUUCUAAGAACCAUGGUGCUAAUGCACAUAGAAAUUGAUCAAAUGUUUAUGUUGUUCAAUAUAUGAUUAAUUUUCAUUA